UCUUCAUCAGCACAUCGGGGUGAAAAGGCUGCCAAAGAUUGGUCUCUGAUUCAAGCGUCUUCAGCUCACUGUGCCCUAUCAAGAAAAGUCACCAUGGACAUUGAAGAAUACCGCAAGAGAGGCAAGGAGAUGGUGGACUACAUCGCCGACUACCUGACCAACAUCCGGCAGAGGCGCGUGUUUCCGACCGUCAAGCCGGGCUACAUGCGAGAGCUGGUGCCAGAUCACGCCCCCGAAAAGGGAGAGCCGUGGGAAGACAUCUUCAAGGACGUCGAGCGCGUGAUCAUGCCCGGGGUCACCCAUUGGCAGAGCCCGUACAUGCACGGCUACUUCCCGUCACUCAAUUCACCACCAGCGCUGCUAGGAGACAUGUUAUGCAACGGCAUCAACUGCCUCGGUUUCACCUGGGCGUCGAGCCCAGCGAGCACCGAACUCGAGACGAUCGUGCUGGACUGGCUGGCGAAGGCACUCGGUCUGCCCGAACACUUUCUGCACUCCAACCAACACAGUCGAGGCGGCGGCGUCAUCCAGACCACGACCAGCGAGGGCACGCUGGUGGCGCUGCUGGCGGCGCGAUCGGAGAUGAUUCGCCUCCUUCGCCACGAGUACCCGGACACCGACGACUGCGACAUCAACGGGCGCCUGGUGGCCUAUUGCUCGGACCAGGCACACUCGUCAGUGGAGAAAGCCGGACUCAUCGGCAUGGUGAAGAUGCACUACGUGGAUUCGGACGACGACCUCAGUAUGCGUGGUUGGCAGCUCAAGGAAGCCAUGGACAGGGAUCGGGCAAAGGGACUCAUUCCUUUUUUUGUGUGCGCUACGCUUGGGACUACUGGCGCAGUCGGCUUCGACAACCUUCUAGAAGUCGGAGAAAUAUGUGAGCGCUAUUCGGUGUGGCUUCACGUGGACGCGGCCUACGCCGGUUCUGCCUUCAUCUGCCCCGAAUACCGACACUGGUUGUGCGGAAUCGAGUACGCCGACUCGAUCGUCAUCAACGCCUCCAAGGGAAUCAUGGUUACCGUCGACUGCAGCUGCCUCUGGGUGAAAAACAGCAGCACAGUUCACCACGCUUUUAAUGUUGAUCCCCUCUAUCUUCAACACGAGAAUUCAGGUUACGCGGUGGACUUCAUGCACUGGCAAGUGGGUCUGAGCCGUCGAUUCCGCAGCCUCAAGUUGUGGUUUGUCCUGAGGAACUAUGGCGUGGCUGGUCUUCAGGACCACAUUCGCAGGGGCGUUCACAUGGCCGAGAUCUUUGAGAGCCUCGUGCAAGCGGACAAGCGCUUUGAGGUUCCCGCCAAGCGACACCUGGGCGUCGUUGUCUUCAGGCUCAAGGGCCCCAACGCGACCACGGAGAAACUACUGAAGCGCCUGAACGCGGGUGGUAAGCUGCACUGCGUGCCGGCCGCCUUCAAGGGCAAGUACGUGAUCCGCUACGUGGUGACGUCGACGCACACCAGCGAGAAGGAUAUCCUGCGCGACUGGGAGAUAAUCUCUCACACGGCCGGCGAGGUGGCGCCACACCGCAUCACCCUCGCCGAGCUCAAGAAGCAGGAUCCCGAAUUCGGCUCCAGCCUGCUGCUGUCCAACAGCCCGAUGACGCCCAAGGUGGUGAACGGCAGCUACGUGGCGCUGUUCGAGGGCGAGGAGGCGCUGAGGCAGCUGGUGAGCCGCUACUCGAACAGCUUCUCGCUCACGAGCAAGGAGAGCCCCGAGCUGCGCCGCCGCGUGCGACGUUUCAUGCUCUCCCAGAAGCAGCUCAGCCUCGACUCGCGCAUGGACCUCGUCAACUCGCUCAUCGCCUCCUCCAGGGGCCUCCAAUCAUUAAUAGCCGCCGCCAUCUGUGAUGAAUGUGUGGAUGCGGCCGGUGGAAGCGAGGAAAGCAUCAAGGACAGUGGACCUAUCGCCGAGGGAGACGAGGAUUCUGGCGUGGGAACAGCCCAGAAGGCCCUGGCGGCCGCGGGGCCCUCUGGGUCUCAGCCUGGGUCGUGCGUCUCCUGCACUCGCCCGCUGGCCAGAAACGACUCAAGACACAGCGAGUAAUGACUCCGCCCCGAAGCCCGUGCCAACUUCCAACGUCAAAGUAGUGACGUUGUCUCCAUUACAUGUCCGUGUAUUAAUGUACUUGUCCCACAAAGGGCCUUAGUUCAUUUACUUUACUAGUUCCAACCCCUUCCACCUCCGUCGUGCAAAUUUGCUGCUUGCAGUUCUGUGCCGUAAAGAGCUUACAAUCCGCAUACGCUACCCGGCUCUUUCUGGCAAUUGGCCGUGUCGUUUCAGUGUCGGUUCCACGCUUCGCCCAAAAGCAGUACAAUAAAAGUGCGCGUUCACUGUCACCACACUCACUUUUUUUUUUCUUCACUGUAGCGCCUCGAGUGAAAAUGUUCGACGUUUCGACAGUUGUGACUGGACUGCUUGCCUCAGUUGAGACAGCGGUCUUCGCUUAAGACCGGUUUUCUGAGGGGUUGGAAUUGAUCGCUAUUAAAAAUGGCACCAGUUGCGGCUGGACUGCUUGCUCUCGUUGGGUAUGGUCUAAUGAUUAAUGGCUGGCUGUAGUUAUCAUCUAAAUCCAUCAUGCUUAGGGAGUGAAAUUCUGCCUGUGCUUUUAAUAAGUAGUUUCGCGUCGUUAUGCAGCACUGCCGCAUUAUUAGUGCAAUCAGGUAGAAAUUAGGCUCGCAUAACAGCGAUAAAAUCAGUCGACAAGAGUCAGCGUAACACGGAAGUUUGAUGCGACCAACUGGUCUCGUACUAAGUUAGCUGAUUCCAGCUAGAGAUUAGCUGAGAUCAAUAAUGCUGGCUAUUUUCAUUUCAGUUCUAAGUUGAACCGGAUAAACUUUAAAAGGUCCAGCAGAAACCAGAUUUAAUUCCGACUGGCCGCAGCAAAAUCUUAAUUCGCUUGGGGCGCAGCUGAAAAAUGCUAAUUUGUCGUGUGUAAGUCAAUGUAAAUGUACUAGUACUUAGAGCCAGUAAAUGCAAUCACGUACACUGGCAAAUUGCAUGUUGCAAUGUACUUCAAUCCUCCAGCUUACUUCCACUUACAUCAGCACGGCGAUCGUUAUUUCAUUUGCCAUGAGAGCCCGCGAAUAUACCGUAGCCUGUCGUGCUUUGUUAUUAACCUGUGGAUAAUAGAAAGACACACCCGUCGAGCUGAAGCGAACAAUCUGCCUGUGUAUCGGAUAUUUGUUGUUGACACAAAUGUUAA